CUGAAGCGACGGGCUGAGUUUGGGCGAGGCUGCGGGCCUGCGCCGGUUUGGUCGCCAUAGCUUUGGGACUGCUCUGGGCCCUAGAUUUUUGAGAGUCCGUGCCCAAGGCCCUGCCCUACCCGGGUGCGGGGUUGAGAGGGAGUGGGUACUCCAAUGACAACUUCUCCCUCCUCUGCGGGCCCCGGGGAGGGCUUUGAAGAUGUUAGGCCGGAAGCCCCAAGCUUCCGUCUCUGAGGGCUCAGUCUGUGCUACAGUAACCGGAAGUUGCAGCUGUCCUCAUUCAUGGCGACCAAAGUUAGAAACCUCCGAAUGGGGCUGCUACAGGCCAGGCUGACGGCCACACUGGCUUGAAAGGCACAGCACGUGGGAGGAGAGGCUGGAGUGGGUUCAGACCUGCUUCCAGGACUUGAUGACACUCAGCCUAAGGGGAGGGAAGGCUCCAGUCAAUGCCAUGAGUAUUCAUUGUUAAACAGAAGGCAGAAUAGGAAGAUUAUGAAUUUUCAUGACUAAAUAAGCUAAUUUUUAGUUUUUCUAGGGGCUCUGUUACUUGUGACCACAAUGAAAGAUGUAGACAGUGAUGAUCUGGUAACUGGCACACUUCCCAAGCUCAAGAGCUCAAAAGAGUGGUUGGAACCACAGCCGCUUUCUUUCAUGGAGGCCUUAGCUAAAGAAGAUACUGAUGCAGCUAUUCAAUCAAUUUUAUAUAGAGAAAAUUAUGUAAUUAAGGAACUAGACAAGUAUUUACAUCAUCACGACUUCUUAAAUACAAGAAGAAAAGAGAUGUUAUAUAAAAGAUGGGCUGACCAUGUGGCAGAUCCUCUACAGAAGAAAGUUUUAGAAAAAGUUUGUUCAUAUAAGAAGAUUAAAAAAAGGAGACAAGAGGAAUCAGAUAGUUUUGUGAAAUAUGUAAAUAAAACGGGAAAUGUAUUCAUACAACAUUAUGAUCCAAAAGAGUAUGAUCCUUUUUAUAUGAGCAAAGAGGACCCUAAUUUUAUGAAGGUUAUAGUCCCACCAUUUCGUGACCCUUUGAAAAAAGCACAAUAUGACAAGGAUGAAGAAAAAAGAACUCUUCUUCAGUGUGAAACUGGCAAAAUAUAUACGAUGAAAGAAUUUAAAGAGAUUGAGAAGGCUCAACUGCAUUCCAGAUUCCCAAGUAUUUGUAAUUCAAGGCACUUUAUGAAUUCAAAUGAGUGGCUUAAAGUGCCCACAAGAUACAUAGAAAGUGAAUUUUGUAAAAGGAGCAGGUUAAAAGUGAAAGUGAAUUUUAAUGAUAGUUGUCUUGAUGUGAAACCCUUGGCAAGCACUUCUCAUCUUCUGGAGUCCCAGGAGGAAGAAAAGGCGGUUAUUUACAAAAACAAAGGGCCAUACUCUGUGGAGAAACAACCUCUCUGUUACCAGAAUCCAAGUCCCAAAAAGGCCAACUGUGAAAGGUUAUAGCAACCAAGGAGCGCACAUCCUGAUUCUUGACCUGUGAAAGGGGCCCACAAAAGAAGGCUGCUUCAAGGAAGUUACCUCCUGGCAGGAAUCCUUCAGGGUGAGGACUGAGGAAAGCACUCAAGAAUUGUUCUAUCCUUACCUGCUUUAAACUUCAUUUAAUUUUUGAGCUCAGUGCCUAUGAUAAUUAAGGAAUGGUAAUACCAUGAAUUGACAGUUGUUGCAAAUGUAUUUUCCCCAGAAGUUAAUAUUGCUGAAAGACUCAAUAAAAAUAAUAGCAAU